UCGACCUGGUCUGCGAGUACAAGAGUGCCAAGAGGGGUCGGCGUGCCAAAGUCAGGCCUGCCUCGGACUUAGAAGGGUCGUUGCACGGCAUGUCGACCAGUCCUAUGGACCUCUUGGAACCCGAAAACUCCUUCGAAGCCGAUGAGACGGUCGGGUCUACCUCGAUGAAUACAAUUACGAACAACAAUAAUGGCAACACGCCAGCUGCAGAGAGGACUCUGGGACUCGAGCGGGGUAAUACGAUGGAGGGGUAUAACAUUCCGGCUCCGUGGCCAGCUGGGAUGGGCGGUAUGGACGCAAGUGAUCUACAGACGAUCGGAUCGAUGCCUCAAGCGGAAUUCGACCUCUUAAACGCUCAACUCGGUCUCUCGUUCGAUCCGUUCUUAUCAUUUGAUUUCGGAACAACCUCGACCUCGGCUUCGACCUCGAAUUAUCCUCUCGGGACGAGCGGAUCGGCAGGAGGAAACUUCGGGAAUAUGACUACGAGCUUCAACGAGCAAGGACCCGCAUUCCUGCCGCCGCAGCUACAGCAACAGGCGGUCCCCGGACCUUCCAAUUACUUUCAAGCUCAAGAACAGUCGAGAACAGCUCUCACAGACGGCUCUGCGUCGGGAUCCAAGUCCUGGCACACGGGCAGGACCGACCAUGCACCGCCCCGACGGGCAAACCCCAAUCGCGUUGACCUGGAUGACGAUGAGGCCAGCAGCGAAGACCUCGAUGAUGAAGACGCCACGUAUGAUCCAUUCGAUGAUCCCAUCUACCUGCGUUAUGUGACUUUGGAACAAGCCGAGAGGUUGUUUGGAACAUUUAUGCGACAACUCAAUAUUCUCAUGGCCAUGUUUGAACCUGAAUACCACACGUUCGACAAGAUCCGUUCGAGUUCGCCCUUUCUCUUCACAAUCAUGAUCUGCCUCGCCGCAAGGUUCUCACACGACGAUCGCCGGAUCUACCAAACCCUAUACCCUCACGCCAAGUCCCUCUUACACAAGGCCAUGAACGAGGGACAUUGCCACGUGACGACGGUUCAAGCGAUCUCGUGCUUCGUCUUCUGGGGUCUACCGCGGGAGAGCAAGCAGACCUGGCAGAGACUAGGUCACGCUAUCCGUCUGGCUUACCAGCUUGGGAUGCAUGUACCGCGGACGUCUGAUUUGCCGCUUGAUGAUGCAGAAGCCAAGGCGAUACUGAACCGAGAAAGGACGUGGUACUGUCUACAUACAUACGAUCACAUGUACAGCCGUAUUGAGCGGCUACCACAAUUCAUGAAGAGCCACGAAUUCCUCGACCCAAGACUCUGGGUAACGGACCGACCUGGACUGCACAAGGACCUGGAUUGGCAUCUCUGCAUGUAUAUGAGCGUCACCAUCCAGAUCAUGCGACUAGGGGAAGCCGCCAGGAUCGCCCCAAUCACCGAGAGCCAGAUCGAACGUCUAGAGAGCGAGUUGACGGGCAUCUAUAAUCGUUACAAGGAGGGCCGCAUGGCGGUACCGGACCAGAACAGCGAUUUGAAAGCAACCCCCAUGUGGUACUUUGAUCAUAUGCUGCGACUCUCUCGUCUUCGCUAUCGUCAUCACCCUUCCCAGGAAAGCCUCCUCGAUUGCCACCGUUGGGCAGUCCUAUACCUGGACACGAUGGCCGGAUUGGAUAGAUUCGGAUUUUUCCACGCGAUACACGAUAUACAAAACAGAGUAUACUUUAGCACGGGUCGAUAUUUGCUGUCGCUGCAUGAGGAAGCCGCGCUCUCCGCCACCGCUCGUUCGGAAACCCUGCACGUCAUCGAGCAAGCCCGAGCGCUGUACCAAAAGUAUGCAUCGCAGGACGCUGGUGGAGCGAUGGCCGUACAGUUGCAGCGCUUUCAGAAGUUGUCGAAGCGGAUCGCAUGAAAGGCUCGUGCCGAGGCCGGGCUCAAUGAAGUGUUCUCGCAAUCGAGGGUAUGGACAUUAUGAGGCAUUUCGAAAGCUCUCUCAGGGUGUGCGAACACGAAUAGUAUGAUGGACCCGAUCGGUGGCUGGUGUCCUUGUCAACGUUUUUGACAAUCUAAUUCUUAGCCCAGAGCGGCGU